CCAAAGAUGCCUCCAUGUUAUGCAAGUCUGAGAGGCAGCUGAUGCAUCAGAGCAACAAGCACCCCACUCAUCAGCACAACCUUCAGAACCCCCAUUCAUUUGUAGAGCAAGAUGAACGCCCACGAAGCUAUCGACAUCGUCGGCGACAGCGACGAGGAGAUGGAAGACGUGGAGGAGAAGCCGAUGUUGGCUUCUCUUGUGCAUGAGCAAGGGGGGCAUCACAUCGAAAUCCAAAACAAAGAUCUUAACACUGUGGAAUGGCUGUUAAAAGACCCAGUGAUCCGCCAAGCCAUCAAAAAAGGCAUUCAGGGGUGGAAGCCUGCCCCUGUAGCUGAAUGGAACGUCGAUGGGGAACCUGCUGAUGGCCCAGAAGAAGCACUUGGAGUCGAGUGUUUUCCGAUAGAUCCAAGCCAGGUGGACCAGGUCCGGCAAAGAGCCAUUGAGCUGGGGCAUCCCCUCGCCGAAGAGUAUGAUUUCCAGAGCGACCACAGCAUUCCCAAUCUACCUCCUAUUCAUCUAAAACCCGAAACCAAGAUACGCACUUACCAGUCGAGAGCACUCUCGCAGAUGCUUGGUAGCGGCAGAGCUCGUUCGGGCAUGAUUGUUCUGCCCUGUGGAGCCGGCAAAACCCUUACCGGUGUCACGGCAGCCCACACAAUCAAAAAGUCUGUCCUUUGCUUGACCACCAAUGCCGUCUCGGUCCGACAAUGGAAGGAACAGUUCCAAAAAUGGACGACCAUUAAAGACUCUCACAUUGCCGUGUUUACAGCCAACAGCAAAAGAGCCAAUCUCCCUGAAAGUUGCAUUCUCAUUUCCACCUACCAAAUGAUCGCCCACAGUGGAGAACGAGCGGCAGAAUCCAAGGCCAUCAUGGAUAGAAUCCAAAAGCAAAAUUGGGGGUUGCUCUUGAUGGAUGAGGCACACGUGGUGCCGGCUCCAGAAUAUCGCAGAGCAAUCCAAUCCAUCAAGGCGAGAUGCAAGUUGGGCUUGACUGCCACCAUGGUGCGAGAAGACGGCAAAAUAGCGGACUUGAGACCCUUGAUUGGCCCCACGCUAUAUGAAGCCAAAUGGAAGGACUUGACCGCCCAAGGGUAUCUGGCCAAUGUUAAAUGCCUGGAAGUAUGGUGUCCCAUGACACCAGACUUUGCCGAUGCGUACAAAAAGGAACCCAAACAAAGAAGCAAAAUGCGCCUCUGCGGCGUCAAUCCCAACAAACUACGUGCGGUCGAGAUGCUGGUGCGAUAUCACGAAAGCCAGGGAGACAAGAUCAUUGUCUUUUCGGAUUGCAUCUUUACCCUGGAAGUCUUUGCUGUAAUGUUGGAACGGCCAUACCUCUACGGUCAGACCAAAGAAUGGGAGCGCGAGUUUUGGUUGGGCGAAUUUCGAAAGGACACCCGCGAGGUCCCCACCAUUUUGCUUUCCAAAAUUGGGGAUGUCGCCAUUGACUUGCCCAAAGCCAAUGUGCUGAUUCAAGUGACGUCCCAUGAUGCCUCGCAGCGACAAGAAGCGCAACGCUUGGGCCGUAUCUUGCGCCCCAAGUUUGGCGACAAUGCCUCGUUUGACGCCUUUUUCUACACAUUGGUCUGUACCCAGACGAAAGAAAUGGGGUAUUGUAAAGAUCGACGACAAUAUCUAGUCGAUCAGGGCUACAGCUUUGAAGUGGUAGAGAAGUUAUGCGACAAGGCCAACGGUUUGGCCGUGGGAGAGAAAUAUGCGUACGCCACUCCCAAGGACGAUUAUGAGCUCCUGCAAGAAGCCUUGAAGGAAAAUAUUAGGCGAGCACAAAAGGAGGGAGGAGGCAGGAAAAGACCGGCUCGACACGAUCGUUGAAGGGCGGGUGAACUGGGAUCCGUUUCCUCAGAUCUUUCGCUGUUGGAGUCUCGAACGUACACGCUGUAAAUAACAAGUUCAUAUGAUUUUAGCGAAUUGUUAUAUAAGUUUUCUCAUUGCAUGGUCCAAUGCUCGUGUAGCGUAGGUUGUAAAAGGCGCCACUGGCUCCGAGAAUCCCUACGAUCGGAUCGUUCCGCCUCAUGCCACCCGCAGGCAUUUUAUUUCAAUUCACUCCAAUCCACGCACAGCCAGCACCACAAUCUCGCCCAACUCGAGUGGCUCCGUCGAGUCGAUCAGCUGGUGCUCCAUUCUC